AUUUACUUUUUUGAUGAGUAGUAUAUUAAUUAAUUCAGAUAGCUGUAAAUGUCCAGUAACAACAAAUCAAUCAAAAAAAGAAGAUAAAUUAAUGACAAAAAUAGGAAGAAGAAAUGAUAAUACCAAAAAACUUGCAAUUCUUGUGCCAUUUAGAGAUAGAUUUGAAGAAUUAUUAUCAUUUGUAUCACAUAUGAAAAAAUUUUUGGAUAAACAAAAUAUUGAUUACCACAUAUUUGUUCUAAAUCAGAUUGAUAGAUAUCGUUUUAACAGAGCUUCAUUAAUAAACGUUGGUUUUAUUUAUACAAAAAAAAAUUUUGAUUACAUUGCUAUGCAUGAUGUGGAUUUAUUGCCAAUAAAUGACAAUUUGUCAUACUAAUA